AUGGAAAGACAAGCGGUUCAGUCGCCUCUCAGCUUCUAUCAUGCGAUAACUUUGUCGACUUCUUUCACAAGCGAUUCCUGUAAAUGUACCGGAGGAGAAGCAGCUGCAUGCGAAUGCAAGGUGAGCUCUCCAUCGAAUGCUACUACGAAGGGUCAAAUGAACUGCGGUUGCACAGGACCUACUGCGCUGGAAUGCGUAUGUGAUGGGAACAAAAAGGUGUUGCCUUCACGAAGUCCAGCACACACUCAAUCAUCUACGCAAGACUGUACCAACAAAUGCCAAACAAGCUGCUUGGAAACCUGUGUUAUGUUGGAACUAGACUCUAAAUGUGGCGAGAUAUGCUCAGAUGCCUGUUACUAUUCCUGUAAAAAGCAGGAAAAGGCUAGACUAAGAGGAAUCAAUAAGAAGAAGAAUGAAUAUAAGUUCAUCAUACCGAACGAAUCAACAGCGACUACCGGAGCAAGUGUUCAACUGAGGCCUUAUGAGCAGAGGUCGACGCUUUUUCCCAUACCAGUAGCAGUUUCACCGUACUCCAAAAAAUGCGAGUUGGAAUGCAUGCCAGACUGCAGCCUUACAUGCACCACACUCAAACCUGCAUUGGAACUGAUCGGUGGUUUCGUCGAUGGCAAGACAAAGACGCUGGCUGACUGCCAGGAUUCAUGUACCGGAACAUGUGCAAAAGUUUGCAUAUCCACUGGUGUCUCUCCUGUAGAUUGUGCUACAACCUGCGGCCCUGCAUGUGAAGCGAGUUGCCAACAGGCUCUGAGAUUGCCAAAAGAAUGCCCGCCAGCAUGUAUGCCAAGUUGUCAGCCUGAAUGUAUGGAGCAAAUCUCCCGACUCGAUUAUGUCCACCCACCGGCAGCACUAGAAAUGGGGCCUACACCCAAGCUGCAACACAGAUGCGUGCGUGAAUGCAAGAUACAAUGUGACCGUCAAUGUGCUAUGUACGAGUAUCCUGGUACAAACUGUGAAGAAGCAUGCAUAUCAUCUUGUUUUCCCGUAUGUCAGGGAAAAGCACUUCUACAGUACAAUUUUCCUGGAUAUGGGCAACAGUAG